AUGGACAAGUCUACGCUCCUAGCGGAGGCCGCUCAAUCCAUCCCUGAAGCGCGCUAUAACAUGCGCAAGCGCCCUUCCAAACCGAUCACGGAGUCUUCCAAGCGCGUCUAUCGUACUCGCGGCGGUCUUGUCUCCUUGCGGAAAACACCAAAAGACCUCGUUCCCAUCGUCAAGUCCAACACGCAACAGUCUCCCCUUCUCUGCCUUCCCGCUGAACUUCGAAACAAUAUCUUCAGGCACGGAAGCACCCGCGAAUGGCGCCUCCUCAACAGCGAUAACGACGUCUUCCGGUCAACACCUGCCAACAUCGCCCUACCGCGCGUCUGUCGUCAAAUUUACUCCGAAACAGCUAUUCUAGUAUACUCCGAGAACUUGUUUUCCUUUAACAACGUCUUUGAACUCGAUCGCUUUGUCGCUUCACGCAAACAUGCUCAGCUCGAAGCCAUGACGAUGAUUAUGGUUGAUAUAAGUUGGGGCGCGUUUCAGAGUGGAAGCGAGGCUCUGAAGAUGGUGCUUAGGAGCCUGGGUAGAUGCAAGGGGUUGGAGAAACUGUAUAUGGGAGAGCUUAGGGGUCUAUGGAGCACCAAGAAGGAGUUUACUCGUGUGAAAGAAGCGGAAGCUGCAGUUGCAAAAGGCCAGGCAGGUGAUAUCGAGGUUAUAUUUGUGUCGCCAUACACAUUGGAACCUCUGCCGUGGUCAUAG